GGGCGGGGGGUGCGGCAGCUGCCUUGAGAGCCUCGGGUAGAGUGGGAGAAGAGGGACGCAGCCGUGGGACCGGCGCGGGAGUGGACUGGCUGGGCCAUCCUGGCUCGCCCUCGGCGGUAGCGGCGGCGGGGAAGGGGCUACGAGGGUCCCGUUGGUGGAGGAUUAUUGCACCAGGAUGAUUCCAGCUGUUCGGAAGUAACUGAGCAACGUCUGGAGUGCUCAGGCCUCAGAAAUAAGGGAAGGGGGCUUGGGGUCUCCUGGACAGCAACUCUGGUGCUUCAAGGCCACCCAUGACCUUCAGGAUGGAGGCAGAUGGUCUGGAGUGGCUCUUCAUCCCUUUACACCAAAUAGUGUCAUGGGGUGCCUCAGGGGCCAUGGUGUUUGGAGGCGUUGUGCCAUAUAUUCCCCAGUACAGAGACAUCAAAAGAACUCAGAAUGCUGAAGGGUUUUCCACUUAUGUUUGUUUAGUGUUAUUGGUAGCUAAUAUUUUACGGAUAUUGUUCUGGUUUGGAAGGCAUUUCGAGUCUCCUCUUCUGUGGCAAAGCAUUGUUAUGAUCUUUACUAUGUUACUGAUGUUGAAACUCUGUACUGAAGUUCGAGUGACAAAUGAGCUGAAUUUAAAACGACGUUCCUUUGCAGCUGCAGAUAGUAAGGACGAAGAAAUCAAAGUUCCACCCAGGCGGUCCUAUCUGGACUUUGAUUUGCACUAUUUCUGGCACUGGAGCAAGUUCACCGACUACGUGCAGUGUGUGUUGACUUUCACGGGAGUGACUGGAUACAUCACUUACCUCUCUCUUGAUUCUGCUCUGUUUGUGGAAACGCUGGGGUUUCUGGCUGUAUUCACGGAGGCCAUGCUGGGUGUGCCACAGCUCUAUCGGAACUACCAGAAUAGAUCCACUGAAGGAAUGAGGUUUAAUUUCUCCAAUUUUUAAGAAGUAAAACCAGCAAUACAAAGACAUUCAGCAAAUACAACAGAUAAUUUAAACACUUAAGCAAAAUUGAAUAUGGUGUGUGGGACAGCUCCCUGGACUUGGGGUAAGGGAAACAUUUUGAGAAAGACCUGCUUUUGAAUUCUUGAUUCCAAACUCAUUAGCAGUUGACCAUGGACUAACUAAUGUUCUUGGGCCUGUGUUAACUGAGCCCACUCACUCAAAUGAUUCAGGCUUGGAAUUGGUAUAAAGUGCUUCUACUCUAUAAAUUUGAUAAACAUAAAUUUACUUAUGACAAAAGAUUAAGAGGAUUCAAUUUCUGCUUUCCUAGGCUUUCAUGUGUGCUACUACAAACUCUGGAUCAGAGGAACUUCCAGGAAGGCAAUAGCAGGCAGGUUUUGAUAAAUCUUUUACACCACUUCGUAAUAAGAUGUGGUUUUUUAAAAAAUGUCUUUAGGGAUAAAGAAGCAAUGUUUGAUGCUAAUAGUUCAAGCCCUAGUCCCUUGGAUCAACCAAACUUGGAAGGAUGGCCUCCUUGUCUCCUUAAAGGAAACCCAGCUCAGUCUUCUCUGACCUCAGGAUCACUAGGGGCCUUAAUUUUGCUCAUCUGUAAAAUAUGGCAACUAAUACUUGUGGGACUUAUAUCAUGGGAUUGAUUGUUGGAAAAAUCAAAUAGACUUGUUUAAUAAGGGACUAUUUUGAUUGGUAAUUGAUAACUAAAGAUCAGGCUGUUAUCUUCUUUUUUAUUUCUCCCUUCCUCCCUUCUUUUCCUCCCUUUUCCUCCCUUCAGCCUCCCUUUUCUUCCCUUCAGGCUCCUUUCUUUUGGUUUCUCUAAAUCAAGUCAGAGUGAGUUUAUGAUGUCUCAAAUGAAAUAUUCUUUCUCUUUUUUAGCUUAAGUAAGGGGUUUAUUUGGGGAAGACAGGAAAGAUGGAGGUAAGAGGGUUGGGGAUUUCCCUAAUACUACAAUGAGUCUCAGUUUGGAGGAUGGUGGAAUAUUUCAAUUGGGAGAAAUGGCUGAUCUGGAAGUUCAUCACUAUCACAACAGAGUAAAUCAGAGAGAGAGCUGGACUUUGUCCUUCUUUCUUCUGUCUUCAAAGUCAAAAGACAACCUCUCCUUUCUGUCUUCAAGGAUAAAGGUAUAACCCUUCAGUUGGUCUGUUCCUUUUUUCAACUGCAUUUCCCGGUAACAUUCCAAAAAGAAUACUCUUGUUUGAAUGACAGGUCAUCAGUCUCAGCUACUCCUGUCUUGUUGCAUGCUUUCCCACUUUCUCUCUUCCACACUUGGUAAAUCUUAAAGUGUCAUGUAAAGGUUAUUUAUUAUUGAGAACAAAAUCAGUAUUGCUUCAUUUUUUAACACUAUGGUUAGUUGAAAUGGAAGGGGGAAGAGAAAAAAAGAAGAGUAUAGACAUGCUGAAGGGAGAGAGACCAAAGAAAGAUGAAGUAGGUAGAGUACACCACUUCAGGGUAUUGUCACCACUUAUCAUUUCUCCUUGAAAGGGUAAUUAGUUUAAUAACAAUUGUUCGCAGCUUUUCAGCUCUUUAAAAAAAAAUCAGUUAUAAAUAACUCUUCAGAGCCAUUAUUUUUCAUGACUUAGCCACAGCAACCCAAGGGAGAAAUAAUUUUUCUGGGUGACAAAAGUGGUGACCAGAAUAAUAUUAUUGUCUGGCCUGAACAAAAUAAAGCAGUAGUUCAGUGAAUCCCCAUGGUUAUUCUGACUUAAUUAUAUUAGAGACUUUAAUAACCUUAAAUCUAGAUAUGUAGAAAUUUUUGUUUUCAUUUGGUGGGGCACCAUCCUAGGAGGCUCCCCAAGAACUGGGACCAUGAGCAUGCAGACUGCAUUUAAUUAGCUCCAGGGAGAAGUUUAACAGUUGUAAAAGCCAAACUAAGAUAGAGGAGAUUUACUUGAAUGUAGUUAUAAAUGUUUAUAGUAAUUGGUGUUCAUUUAAGGCACCAGAAUAUGGGUUCUAUCCCUGGAGGAGUGACCCUUUCCCUGUGUAAUUUUUGUUCAGCUAGUACAUUUUUGUGGUACUCUAAAGACUAAAUGAAAAGCCUGUCUUGUUGAGUGUAUGAUAGGAUAUGGACUUUUCACUCCAGAGGUUUGGCUUACUACAGAUGUAGUCAUUAAAAGAAAAUGGGAACAGCUAGGUAGGCUGAGUAGAUAAAGAGCCAAGCCUGAAGAUGAGAGAUCCUGGGUUCAAAUUGGGCCUUAGACACUUCCUAGCUGUCUGAUCCUAGGUAAUUCACUUAACCCUUAUUGCCUAGUCUUUAACAGUCUUCUGCUUUAGAACUAAUAUAUAGUAUUGAUUCUAAGACAGAAGGUAAGUUUUUUUUUUAAAGAUGUAUCCAAAUCCUGUGCCUUAAAUGUUAAAAUAUAGGCAAUCAUAAAAUAUCUCCCAAGUGAAUGAAUUAAAAACGAAGAUGGAUUCAUCUUUUUGUUCAAACUUUCUGUUAAAAAAAUUUCUUAGUCACCUUGGUUACUUGUUAUUCUUUCUCCUUGACCCUGACUACCCUAUAAAUAUGUAAUUGCUUCUAAUUUAAUAGUAUUUUAUUUUGAAAGGAUCACAAUUUUAUUCAUAUGGGAUCAUCAGCCUUAACAUUCUGUGGCUCAGAAGAUUACAUAGCAAAUUGAGAGACCUUUAGAGUCAGUGAUGAUUUGGAUGUAUUUAUAACCCAUCCAACUGAGUCUGAUUAUCCUGCAGGAUAUGAAACAGUAACCUAUAAUCUGAUCUUUCAGAUGGACAGUCCCAAAUUCUGUCUGCAAGAAACAAUGGAAAGCAUUCAUUUCAAGCCUUGACAGGCCAUGAGAUUAUGAAGCUUUAAAUGAGAUCAUCUUUAUUGCUUUGGCUUCUCUUCAUUUUCCUUGAAGUUGGUUCAGACAUUAGUGUUAAUCGGUUGUGGCCUUAAAGUUACUGUAGCAUCAUAUACUAAUGCUAGUGGGAAUAUUGGUUUUCACAUGACAUGAAGCAUUUAUUUUCUAUAAUAUUUACCAUUUAAAGGUACCUACCAACUGAAACGGAAGCAGAAGAGCAAGAAAUGGGAAUUAGAAUAAUGUCACAUGAAAUUCUUAAGUAGCCUUUGAGGUCUGCUGGAGCCUGAAGGUACUUUGGCAAAUGAGUGCAAAUUUUUAAAUGCUGCCACUGGAUUUGGAAAGGAAGUGCAGAGAAGAGAUUUCUAAAUACCAAAUAUGAAUAUAGUCUCUAACCUGAAUGAAGGGCAAUGAUAAUUAUUAGGGAGAUUAGGCUAAGGGGAAGUUAAGCAAGGAAAUGAACCUAAAUGAAAUGAAUGGCUGGCUCUUGGAAGCCUCAGUUAUGCUAUGAUCCUUAAAUACUGAAUGUGGUCUCCAUUGCUGACGGUUCCAUAGCCUAGUGCCCUAAGUGAUUUUCCUUAAUUCUUUCUCUCUUAAAAAACAAAACAAAACCAAAACUCUAACUUUCCAUUCUAGAAUCACUAUUAAGUAUUAUUAAUAGAUAUUAAUAAUAUCUAAGGCAGAGGAGCAGUAAAGGAUAGGCAAUGGGAGUUAAGUGACUUGCCCAGGGUCACACACCUAGGAAGUAUUUGAAUCUAUAUUUGAACCCAGUAUCUCUCAUUUCCAGUCCUGACUCUAUCCAUUUAGCCACCUACCUUUCCCCCUUUCCUUUAUUUUUAAGUAUAAGUUGCUUUCUAUAUUUGGAUGUGUCUUGAAUUUUAGAGUUAAAUAUAUCCCUUUUAAGUGUUUUGCUUUAACUUGUUCUUUAUCUUAAAGCAGGAGAUUUGGGAGUGAAGCCCAAUUAUUAACUGUAUGGCCAUAAACAAACCAUUUAAGCCCCUAGAACCUUGGUUUCUUCUGUAAAGUUGAGAGGAUAAUACAUACACCAGCUCCUUUACAUGGUUGUUGUAGAGGAAGCUCUUUGUACAUCUUAAACUAUGUGAAUCUUAAAAAUUUUCAGACCCUACUUAAUAGGGUUAGGAUUGUAAACCUUAAAAAUUCCCCAUUGGGACCAUUCCCCAUUUGGGCAGUGAAGCUAACUUAGAUCAAGAAUGUGAGAACUCUACUUAGAUCAGGAAUAUGAGACCUCUACUCCACCCCUACUUAAGUCUGCUUUAGGGGAAAAAACUCCUUGCUGAACAAUGAAAAGUACUUAAACCCAUACUUAAGCCAUGCCUAUUUUAGGACUAAUACAAAAGGGUGCUAAGUACCUAUAAAGGUCAGGCAACUUGUGAAUUUACAAGGAACAAAGAGGUGAAAACUUACUCAGAGAUUCUAGUCUACUCAGGUGUGAAUUACUCAAAAGAUUAGUCUACUCAGGUGUGAACUAAGAAUGGUCUGUCCUUUGAAAAACGUCUACUGUAAUUGGUAGAUAUAAGGACUUAGGGGAGGUGACAGGAGAAAAUGCCCUUUAAAUAGGAGCUCAGAUUCAUUCAGAUGUGCAUUCAGAUUGAGGAUUGAGCUGGUGGAGGCAGCUGAGAUGAUGCUGGCCUGGUGUCACUAAAUCCUUGCUUGGACAGAUCUUGUGGUGAGUGAUUAAGGACUGACUGAUCUUUCUCUUAAGGGCUUAGGCCUGGAUUGGCCAGGGCUGCCCUGGGCCGGCCUAUCCUUUUCUCAUUAUUCCCCCUUUUCUCAAUUCCUCAUUGUUAUUAAUUAAAAUUUCUAUAAAACCCAGUUGACUUGGGUAUAUAUUUAAUAAUUGGGAAUAUUUCCCUGGUGACCACCUUAUAUUUGAUUUAAAAACAAGACACUGUAGUGAAAACAUAUUUCCUGUGAUCACAACUUAUUCAUCUACUCUUAUAUCAACUACAAUUUAAGUCUUCCACUAUUUUAAUCAUUACAGUUUAUAUACUUAACUAUUUUAAUUAUUACAACUACUAUAUUAGUCGCAAUUAUUAUUUCAUGAUGGGGGUGGUUCCUGGCUUUGAGGAAGCCUUACAAUCCUAGGGGAGACUCUUGCCUUGAAGAUAAUCCUUUUGGUGUAUUAGUUUUUUGUUUUAUUUUUAUUUGGUCAAUUUCAAACAUUAUUCCUUGGUUACAAAAAUCAUGUUCUAUUCCUCCCUCCCCUCCCCCACCCCUCCCCAUAGCUGACACACAGUUCCACUGGGUAUUACAUGUGUCCUUGAUCAGAACCCAUUUCUAUGUUGUUAGUGUUUGCAUUAGGAUGUUCAUUUAGAAUCUACAUCCCCAAUCAUAUUCCCCUCGAUCCAUGUAAUCAAACAGUUUUUCUUCUGUGUUUUUACUUCCACAGUUUUUCCUCUGAAUGUGGAUAGUGUUCUUUCUCAUAGAUAUCUCUGGGUUGUUCAGGAUCACUGCAUUGCCACUAAUGGAAAAGUCCAUUACAUUCAAUUGCACCACAGUGCAUCAGUCUCUGUGCACAAUGCUCUCCUGGCUCUGCUUGGUAUAUUAGUUUUUUAAAAGUGCUGACUACUUUUACUUAUUUUUGUUAUUCUUCAUACAGUUGUGAUUUUACUAUCAAGGCAAGCUUGUGAAACUUAAACCAGGGCAAUUUCCUCCUAGUUUGCUGUCUCAUUAAGGUGUUUUAUUGGGUAAAUCUUUGAAAGGUCAUUUGAGUUCUGGUUCUCAUUCUGUACAUAGUCACACAUCUCUCACGUCUUCUUUGAAAAUAGGACUGUGAAAGGUGAUUUCAAGGAAGUGUUUCUUGUGCCUUGAGAAACUACCCUCCAAUUUGAUAAAUCAGAGAGAUGAAAAUUCAGCCUAAUAAGAAUAUUGACCUCAAAUAUAGUUGAAAUAAUAAAUCUUUAAAAUGUUGAAAAUGCUACUGGAGAUAUAUCAUUAAAAGGUUUUGAAAAUAUCUUUCUUCUAUAUAAACAGACAAAAAUUUUAGUAGUGUGUUACCCUUUGAUUUAAUUGCUGGGAAUUCAGUUUCCAUUCCAUUUGUUAUUUUUAUUUUAUAUAUACCUAUACAGGCACCUGUUGUCUCCCCUAAUAAAAAUAUAUGCGCCUUAAAAGUAAGGAUUUUGUCAUUCUUUGUGUUGACAUAUUCAGUACAUAGCAUAGUGCCUGGCACAUGACAGAUGCUUAAAUAAAUACAUAUUUACUGAUUAUUAAGCCUUUUCUCUGUUCAGGGCACUGUACUUUCUGUGCUUUGCACAAAAUGUACUUAAAACAUCACUCUUGAGGCGUUAUGCAACUUUCUGCUGAAGGUUGUUUAUACAUUUCGUUUUCUUUAAAUGUUAAGUAAUUGGAACAUCUGAAUCAGUGAAUUGAAAUGAAAGAUUUGUAACUAUCUUUACUAAUGAAUUCAGUAAACUCCAAAAAUAAAUUUUGCCAGAAUAUUUGCAUUGAUACCCCUUUACUCAGCAUUAGGUCUAAAGAAUAUAUUUUUAACAUGAUUAUUUUAUAGGGAUCAGGAAGGAAAGAUGAGCAGAAAAAUAGAAUUUAUAAAAAACUGCCAAUUUAUAUCUCACUAAUCCAAUACAACGAGACAGGAACACAUUUAAGAGUUCCCUUAAGAUUAUGUAGAAACAUUAGAAUUAAAUCUUGAAGAAGAAAUUUCACUUAGGGCAUAGGCUUUUAUUUAUUUAUGUUUUUCAUUUUCUUCCUCUAACCUCUUUCCAUACCAGGGGAAAAAAAAGGAAAAGGAAAUCUUGUAACAGAUAUGCAUAGUUCAGCAAAACAAUUUCCCACACCUUCAUGUGUCAUUUUGCAUAUUUAAUCCAUCUCUAAUUAGAGGCAAGUGGUGUUUUUUUUAUAUAAUUGAUCCUCUGGAGUGAUGAUUAAUCAUUGCAUUUAUGAGAGUUUUUAAGUCUUAGAGCUGUACCUCUUUAUAAUGAAGAUGUUAUAGUAUAGAUUAUUAUGGCUUGCUUACUUUACUCUGCAUACAGGUUUUCCCAGGUUUCUCUGACAGCAUCCCUUUCAACAUUUCUUAGGGCAUAUUAGUAUUCCAUUACAUUCAUAUGCCAUAAUUUGUUCAGCCAUUCCUCCCUAAGCCUUGCUCCCAACUCCCAGUUCUUGCCACUGUAAAAAGGCUGUUAUAAAUAUUUUUAUAUGUAUGGAUCCUUUUCUAUCUUUGAUCUCUGAUAAUGGGAUUAAUAGUUGUAUAGCUGGGCAAAAGGGCAUGCAUAGAUUAGUAACUUUUUGAUUGUUCCAAAUUUGCUUUACAAAAUGGCUAGAUCAAUUCCAGGCUUUACUGUCUUUUUUUCUUUACUCCUCUAGAAUUUAUCAUUUUACUUUUUACAAAAAUCAUCUUUGUGAAUCUGAUAGAUAUAAGGUUAAAAACCCCAAAGUUAAUUUCUCUAAUUGUUGAGAGUUUGAACAAUUUUUUUCUAAUAUAUUGUGGGCCUUAUUUUUUUUAAUUUGGACCAAUUCCUUAUAUAUUUUGGAAAUUAGCCUUUUAACUGACAGUCUUUUAGGAGCCCCAAGUUAUUCAACAUAAUUAAUAAGGUAAUAACAGUAGAGCUAUGGGUAACUUAGGCUUUUUUCCCACACCUAUAUUUGCCAAAAGAAAACUUAAAAAAAACCCCAAUUCUCAAACAUUGCCAUAAUACUAAAUAUCACUAAGAAGUGAUCUGCUUCCAUGAUGAACCAUCAGCCAGCUUAAUACUUACCAAUUGUCAGACCUACUCAUUUGCCAUUUACACAUUUCUCCACAGCCCAUUGCCAUACUACUAAUUUGGCCCAGUUUGCUGACCUUUGGCAUAGGAGACAGAAAGCUAAACAUAAUUAGUUUAAGUGGUACCAUUGAAAUGUAGUGUUCCUCUAAUUGUACAGGUAGUUACAGAAGAGAUAGAAGACACUAAGUUCCUAUGUUUAAUGAGCUAAUAGGAGAAAGGGACAUUAAACCAUGAUCUAAGCUAUGAUUAAAUUCCAGUAUCAAUUGUGUAAAUGAUAAGUUCUGUAGGAAUUAAGGAAUGAUAAAUCAAUGAAUAACUGAGGAAAACUAUGUUGAAUUAGAAUUAGACUUAAAAAAGUAAAAGGAUUUUGUUAAAGGCUAAGGGAAGUAUAUUCUAGGAAUGGGGUGCAGCAUGAACAAAAAGCAGGUUUGAGAGAUAUCAUGUUAUAUUUGGGGUUUAUUGAGUAUUUAAUAGAAACUAAGGACUUAGUCUGAGGAGUUGUGGGAAGGAUUGGUUAAGAGUCACUUACAUAAGUAGUAUUUUAAGGGUCCAUGAUUUAAUUAGUAUAGAUAUCCCUCCACCAAUAGGGCAGUGAGGUGGCACAGUGGAUGGAGUGCCAGGCCUAGAGUUGAGAAAGAGUCAUCUUCCUGAGUUAAAACCUGGUCUCAGAAACUUGCUGGUUGUAUGACCCUGAGUAAGCCACUUGAUCCUAUUUGCCUCAGUUUCUCAUCUGUAGAAUGAGCUCAAGAAGGACAUAACAAACUAUUCCAUUUUCUCUGCCAAGAAGACCACUCUUGGGGUCAUGAAGUGUCAGUCACCAGUGAAACAACUAAACACCACCACCCAAUUAUUGAUAAAGUUACUUCAUUUUAGGGUACAAUCUUUGAAAGUUGCUGUGGCCAAAAGAUUCAUCUAACCAGCUAAUCCACUGGUGAGCCAUAUUCUGUUUAGCAAGUUGGGUCUUUAAGCAACAGUUGUAUCGUUUGUAAUGAAGUUGUACUUGGAAAUUAUUUCUAGGUGGGUAGAACCUGCCAUACCUUUUAAGAAGCCAGUAUCUACCUCCAAGUCACAGUGAGGUAUCAAGAGUCAAAAUGUGGUAGAGGGGGAUCACGUCAUAUUUGAACGUCAAGUUACAGUAAUAAUAAAUGCCAGGGAGGUGGCACUUUGUAGUUUUGCAACCUGAUUUCUUAGUAACAGUUCUUUGAGGUAGAUUUCCAUAGAUUUCUGAAAAGUUAAAUGGCUAACCUUGGGUCAGCAAGCUAAGAAGUAUCACAAUAGGAUUGGCUUCUAGGUUUUCCUGCUCUUAUCUGUCUAUUGUCUAUCUGUCCAGACCCACAAAUAUCCAUAUUUUUGUACUGAUCAACUGAAUUUUUUUGCAUGAAUUUAAUUAUAAUUAAUUACAUUUAGUUCCAAGUUCAAUGACUCAUCAGUUCAAGAUUGCUAGCAUGACAACUGGUGGCAGUCAGUUGAAUAAAGGUAGCAGUGGGAGGGUCAUUAGAUUCUACUAGUUUGUUGGCUAGUUAUUUAGCUAAAAUUUUGCCCCCCAAAGCUCUGUCCUGACUCAUACUUUUUUCCCUUAAAGUUGCAAAGAGCUGCCAUUUCUACCUCGAUAAUAUAUCUUAUUUCUGGCACCUUCUAUACUUCUUUUAAAUACUCCUCAGAUGGACAUUCCUGCCAGGGUGUCUCAUAAUUCAUCUUCCACACCACCUGCCAAGUAAUCUUCUUUAUGCAUUAUGAUUGUGUCACUCACUAUUAGCAAUUUCAUUAGCCCAAUUAGGCUCUUUGUAGAUGACUCCUCAUGUUCUUAUUUCUGUUGAGGGCACCACCAUUUUUCCAGUCACAGAGAUUCACAGCUUUAGAGUCAUGCUCAACUCUUCUAAAUCCCUCACACCUUGUAUUUGCCAGUUGCCAAAUCUUUUGUUUACUUCUACAAUGUUUCUUGCAAUUCAUCUGCUUUUUCACUCAUACUAUAGUUCACAGCCUUGUUACUUCUUACAUGGAUUAUAGCAGUAGUAGUUUCAUAAUUGGAAUGUCUUUCAUGUCUUUCCUUUAUAGAGGGCAGAAACUAGACUCAGUUCACUACACUGUAUUCCCUUCUAAUCACUUUUUUUAAAUGUUGCCUAUUUUCAGUCUAUUUCCUUUUUUCUCUGUAUUCCAUUUGGCUGCUAAAUUUAUAUUUCCAAGAUAUAGGUUUCACCUUUUCUUUCCCUUGCUUGAAAUUUCU